GAGAUGUAAACGCAACGCAGCACUCCGUAUUAUCAAUAGACAGGAAGGAAGCGCGCGCGGAGCUUGGAUUCAUCGCCUCAUUCACAGAAUUGAUCUUACUUGUAGUCCGGAUGAAAUUUCAUUUCAUUAAUUGAAUAAUACAUGUUUUGUCCUAAGUAACAAGUGUCCUUGUCUACUCCCUUCCCUGUUUGUAACCCACCUAUUCAAUUGGUCAAGCAUUGCGGCUGUGUCAUUGCUUGUGACGUUGAAUAGACAGUUCGGACUCUGGGUAUUUAAGUUAAUGCAGCUAGGGAUUUCGCUGAUUUAAACACUGACAACACCACAAUCUGUGGACUGACACUUCCAACGACACUCCGGUUCUCACAAAUACCACACAUUCCUCGCAGAGGGGAAUUCUAGCAUACUUACUUUGUUUUUAAAAGACUCUGAUAUCAAUAUGUCAUGCACAAAGGUUGUUGCCAAAGUGCUACUCGUGUGCGCAGUAUUUGGGUGUAUAGCAUAUGGACGCUCAGUGGAAGGGAAACUUAAAAGAUUACGACGACAAACGGGUGAUGUAAAAACCGCAGAAUACUUAGCACGGUUGGCGUUGGAGCGGAGACCGACGGGCUGUAACUUAAUAGGAUGUGGUCUUAUAGAUAUAGUCGAAAGUGGUAAAAAGAGAGACGGACGAACAGCACCGUCGUUACAAGGGCAAAUCGACGCUGAAUCGAGAGCCAAUUUAUUGGCAAUGCUAUUGACGGAAGGCGCCCAGACACGGAGGAAAUGAAGAGAAAGGUAAUUCUUGUGUCUGGUGGAGGAUACUUGGUGAGACACGCUCUAUAGAGGUACCCGGGAGACUCGGAGAGACUACACCAACGGCUGUGGUGAUCAACGGUUAAAAUUCUGAUUACGUACAAAACUUACUGAACAGUUGGAUAAUCUGCUGCUUCAAUGAUAAUUAACUCUUAACAAGUGUUAUUUGUUCCUGUACUUGGAAAUAAAAUCAAAAGAAAAGAAAUGUAAUCAUAAAUCUCUCCUAUCUUAACAAUAAAUAGUCUUCUGGUAUAUAUAUAUAUAU